GCUUUGCUCUGUGACGCGCCGCUUGCCAACGGUUGGUGUGGUGAGUGAAUCGGUUGCUUGGACUGACCACCAAAGGGCAAGGCGGGAGAAAGAAGCGAAGUGUGUGGCUAGGACUGAGCAAGGACUGAAACAGGGCCCGAGCCAGGAGGCGAGGGAGGGGUGGACCAGUGGGGGCUAACACCGAAGGCGGUUGCCUGACUGGCCCGCGGCGGCCAUGGCUGUGGACUUCGGGGAUCACGCUAGUGGUUUCCGCCACAACGAGGUGAUCCGUUUUAUCAACGAUGAAGUCCUCAUGAAUGGCGGCGGGCCGGAAUUCUACGUGGCCUUCCGCUCCCAAUCCUGGAGUGAGGUGGAGGACCGGCUUCAGGCAGUCGUGGUCGACCCGCAGGUACCGCGUGCCCUCAAGAGGGCCUGUGCCUGGAGUGCGCUGGCUUUGGGUGUGAGAGCCGCCGCGAGGCAGAGGGAGCAGCAGAGGCACAGGCUCCGGCAGCUGCAGGAGCAGGUGGAGGAGCGCGAGUUAGCGUCCUCGGCUCUGGCCUCUGAGCUGCAGCAGCUGCGAGAGAAGCGCGAGAUGGCGGUAGCACAGCUGCACUACGUACUGGCCACCCUGCAGGUGACGCUGAAUGAGCGCGAUGUGCUGUACCAGAGGCUGCUCCAGAUGGAGCCAUCUACCCAGUUUGCCCCUCCGGGCCAUGAAGUAGGUCUCGGGCUGGGGGCUGAGCAGCAACAUUGGGCUGCAGCGUGGCCCCUGAAUCUAGAGCAGCAGAGAGGGAUGGUGGCUAUGGAGGCACAUGGCGGGCUGUUUGAUGGCCAGAUGCCAGCUCCAACAGCUGCUGUUUCCAUGCCUGGACCCCCAGACCCCUGGGUCCAGACCAUACAACCACCUCUGCCAAUGACAGUGCCAAACUCAGUUCCUUUCUACCCACCAGUGGGGUUCCCAUUCUUGCUACCUCUACAACCCACGGUAUUCAUGGGAGCAGAAGCUGCAGCAGUUCCACCUUCACAGCCUCCUGUGGGGAUCUUCCCACCUGGCCCGUGGCCUGCAAUGGUCUUCCAGGAGGCGGCCCCUCAGAAGGACAACAGCCAGGAGGCAAGUGCUGAGAUCCUCCAGGAGCCAGUCCCCCCUGGGGACACCAGCCUCAGCCAGGAAGAACAUCCAGAGAUACUCCAGGGGAUGGCCUCCCUGCGAGAUGGUGGAAGCCACAACCAGGAAGAAGUCGUGCAGGGGAUCCAGGAGAGAGCCCUUCCCGGUGACACAGGGAGGCACGUCCAGGGAGAAGGUUCAGAAGGCCCUCAGGAGAUGGCCCCUCUGGAGGACAAAGGGAACCACACCCAGGGAGAAGAUCUAGUGACAUCCCAGGGACUGCCCCUUCUUGUGGAUAGUGAGUGCAGUAGCCAAGAAGAGCCAGGAAAGUUCCAGGGGAUGGGUACCCUGGUGUUUUACAGAAGCCACAGCUGGCAAGAAGGUCCAGAGGGGUUCCAGAGGCUAGCUCCCCUGGAGUUUCGAGCAAGCCCCAGCCAGCAAGAAAGUCCCGAAGAGGCCCAGGGGUUGGCCUCCCUGCGAGACAGCAGGAGCUGUGGCAUAAGAGAAAGCCCAAGGAAGCCGCACACACAGUUGCAGAAGGCCAAGCAGCUGAAUGGAAAAACACCCUUGGAGUCCCAGCAGCAGCCUUCCCUACGCUACCAUCCAGGGAAUUGGGACUGUCCUUCGUGUAAAACCAAUAAUUUUGCAGGGCGCACAUGCUGCUUUAAAUGCAAGAGAGUCUUUAGGCCAGUUGAGAGUAGAUGCGUUGAUCCAGGACAAACUUAUUGAUUUCAAGAAGUUCCAUAGAAGAGAUCCCGUUUUUGAGUCUCAGCCACACCAAACCUGCUUAUUGUCGAAGAAGCUGAACCUGUCCUGUUAGAAGAGCUCCCAAGAGCCAGAAGAAACACCUGAUGGACCCAUAUACUUCAGUGAGACUCCGGUGGAGAGAGGAUCCCAGAAAUGUGAGAGAUCAGGGAAGAGAUGUGUGGACACUCAUUAGGCGGAUUAGAAGAACAAGAUAGUUCUGGUAGAAAUGUGUUUUUCCACUGAAACAAUAAAUUAAUUUGAAAGUGUUCUGGGAGCUGUUAUAUUAAUUGCAUAGGUGAUAGCAAAUUCAAUAAAUUCUGCUUAAUUCAUUAAAUAGGUAUUGCAUAGUUUGUGUUAGAAGCUAGACUUAUAAGUUAUUGUCUGAUGCAUAUAUCAAACUUUUUUUAGUUAGUCUGGUUAGAUGAUGGGAGAGAGUAUAAUUUGGAAUGCAGAUUCCAUCAAGGGUAUCUAUGCCUUGCAUGCAAUGUGGCCUUGGGAAAAGCCAAUUGAAAUUACAGUCAGAUCCAUUUUUUUAAAAAAGAUUUAUUUAUUGGAAAAGCAAAGUGGCAGAGGCAGAGAGAGAGAGGUAAUUCAUUUGCUGGUUCACUCCUAAAUGGCCACAACGGCCAGAGCUGAGCUGAUCUGGAGCCAGGAGUUUCUUCCAGGUCUCCCAUGCAGGUGCGGGGACCCAAGGACAUGGACCACCUUCCACUGCUUUCCCAGGGCAUAACAGAGAGCUGGAUCAGAAGUGGAGCAGCUGGAACUUGAACCGGUGCCCAUAUGGGAUGCCAGUGCUGCAGGCAGCAACUUUACCCACUAUGCCACAGUGCCGGUCCCUUCAGAUCCAUUUUUGAAUAAAAUGCAUCGAAAUAAUAUCCUGAUCCACUUUUUAAUAAAACCUGUUGAAAUAACAUCUAGGUCCAUUUUGGGAUAAAACCAGUAGAAAUAGCAUCCAAAUCCACUUUUGGGCAAGACCCGUUGAAAUGACAUCCAUGCCCCCCCCCCCUUUUUGCAGUUCUGGGGGCAAUGUGAAAGAACUUGAGAACUUGAGUAACCAAACUGUUCAUCACAUUGCCCCCAAGUACAACAGAUGAGCAGUGACAGAAAUCAGAAAAGAGGCCUUAUGAAAGUGGAGGCAAGUCUUUUCUGAUUCUCUGCUGAUUUCCUCCCUUGGGAAGGACAGCUGUUUUCCUUGGUUUCCCACCAGACUGCCUGAAAGAUCACUGGGUUUCUUUGAAGGACAGUGCUUAGGAGAGUGUGGGCUGCACAUUCUGCUCCUUGGUUUUAGGCUACCCCCACCCCUAGGUCCUUUCCUGUGAGCAGCACAUCAAGGACCGACUUUGAGGCUACCAGGCUAGGGAUGGUGUUUCUCUUGUGAGGACUGACUGGCCUGGUCUGGGCUAGCAUUCUUGAGAGUGCCCCGGGCCCCUUCCUUCCCACUACAGGCUCUCUCUUUCCCAUGGCAGUUGCUGCAAGGCAAGGUAGAGCCCAGAGGUUGAGGGAGUUAGAUACAAUCUUAGUCUGAAUCAAAGGUGUCCUAGAGUUCCCUCACUAAAUCCUGCCUGACUCACAGAGAUCAACCAUUGCCAGGGGUUUUCUGUUUCUAACCAGUAAUAAAGAGUGUGUACUUGCCUACUAUGUCUUAUGUGUCAUUUGUAUUUCUGGGCAGAUUUGCUCAGAGGCGGCAGCUUAAAUCUUUUCCGCAUCCCACUGAGGAGAAAGAAAGUUUGUUCUCAGUCACUGCUGGACGGCCCCUUUCUUGUGAGUUACCCAAGAAUUGGGGUAGUGUACGUGAGACUUCUGAGUCACCGUGACUGUCCCCGCUACUCUCACUGUCCAUAUCUGCAUAGUACCUUGAAGACGGGCGUGUGUGCUACUCCAUAGCUGGUGAGGCACAGAGGAUGGAAACUACAAAACCUGGGGUCCAGCCUCCCCUCUGUGUACCAAGAAGGGCUGUUUCCCUGAGGCCCUUGUCUCCCUGAGACCCACUGAUGUCCCAUGAGCAGAAAUGGCCCUCCUGCCCUCCAGGCGCUGUCCCCUCUUCCAUGCAUAAUCCAACCGAGGUGCUCAGGAUUUGGGGAAGGAGCCAGGCUAUAGACUGCUCACAGGAUAAGUGUUCCGAGAGGUGAAAGGGAAGAGAGGAGAGGCCAGCUACUGCUUGGCACAGGGACAUAGAGCAAAAGCGACCCUGCCCCACUAGCUUUCUCACUUAAGAGUUGUGACUACAGC